GAAAGUGAACCAGCUGAAAGCAAACCUUAAAAAACAGCAAUGUUUAUUCAUCGGACCGACGAAGAAAGCCAACGCGGCCACGGAGGCAUCAUUUAAAGUGGCGCACAUUUUGACAAAACACAAGAAGCCAUACACCGAUGGCGGGAUGGUGAAGGAAGCAAUGACAGCGGUGGCCGACACAUUAUUCAAGGACCAUAAAAGUAAGACUGAAAUCAUGUCCGCUAUCGCUGAUGUACAGCUUGGCGCAAACACAGUGGCACGGCGAGUGUCUGCGCUCUCUGCCGAUGCAGUGGGUCAGUUGGAGCGGGACAUGAUUAAAUGCAAAUGGUUUUCAAUUCAAUGUGACGAGUCGGUGGAUGCGGCUGAUACCGCUCAGAUGGCUGUGUUUGUCCGGAUGGUUUUCGAAGACGCUUCCACCAGAGAGGAGUUUUUAACGUUGCUUCCACUAAAAACCACAACCAGAGGAGUCGAUAUUUACAACGUUGUGAAAAAGUACUUCGUUGAACAUAACGUGCCUAUUGAAAAGCUGGUGUCUAUUACAACAGACGGCGCACCAGCUAUGACAGGACGCCACUCAGGAUUUAUUGCACUGUGCAAGGCCGACCCGGACUUUCCUAAAAUUGUGAACUAUCACUGCAUCAUUCACCAGCAGGCUAUAUGCGCCAAAGUCAUGAGAUUUGAUCAUGUGAUGACACCUGUCAUUAAGAUCAUCAACUCCAUUCGCGCAAAGGCCAAGCAGCACAGAAGCUUCAAACUGCUCCUCCAGGAACUGUCUGCUGAACACAGUGAUCUCCUUCUCCACACUGAGGUGAGGUGGCUGAGCCGAGGAAAAAUACUGGAUCGCUUCUGCUCAUUGCUGAACGAAAUCAAGGCUUUCAUGGAGUCAAGAGAGGAGGACACUACACUUUUGUCUGAUGCUGAGUGGCUGCUUGAUCUUGCGUUCCUGACAGACAUGACAGAGAAACUCAAUCAGCUCAACACCCAGUUACAAGGUAAAGACAGAACAAUUUCGGACAUGAUCAGUGCUGUUAAGGCUUUUAAAGCAAAACUGUCAUUCUACCUCCAGCAACUGAAAAACAAAAGACUGCAACACUUCCCAACAGUAGUUAAGAUGUUAGAUAGCCAUGCAGGGGCUGACUUUGUUUUGGAUGUCAAUAAAUAUUGUGACCUCAUGUCAAAGCUAGGCCAGGAGUUUGAGGAUAGGUUCAAUGAUUUUGAUAAGCUGGAGCCAUGUCUGGCAUUCAUUGCCAACCCAUUCAUGGAGGUAGACAUCACAGAGAUUUCAGAAAAGAUGGCUGAACUGUUCACUGUCAAUCCUGUGGAGAUGGAGAUGGAGUCCUCGACCAGCCCCAGCUGCCGACACUGCUGCAGCUCACGGACAGUCCAUUCGCACAGCGCAUGGGAAGCCUCAGCCGUGUCGGUGGCGGAAAAGGUGGCCGUCCGGACCCGGUCCUUCCGCUGCCUGGAUUGGAGCCCCACGUUCUUUGUGCCGAGGGGGAGGGCUGCCCCAGCUGCGUCCACGGAUGCACAGCUCCACCUCAGCCCGUUCUGCCUGGUCCAGAGCUUCAUCGAGGGUCUGGGGCCGGGUGAGGCGGACAUGCUGCCCCAGACACUCCGGCACCAGUCCCUGCAGGGAGAGGUAUUUGCCGACGAAGCCACGAUCUGA